GUGAACAAUGUGGACAUCAGCAACGUGCCGCACAGUUUUGCUCGUUCGACACUGGCUCGCCCCUGCACCACCCUGCAGCUGACUGUGCUCCGGGAGCGUCGCUGUGCCUCCCGGGCGCCUCCCUCCUCAUCCUCCUCUACUCCAGCUGUGCCCCACGCGCCCUGCUCCACCCCAGAGGGUGCGCCUUCCAGCCCUGCCACGCUAAGAAUCACCUUGCACAAGCGGGACUCGACAGAGCAGCUCGGAAUCAAGCUGGUGCGGCGGACGGAUGAGUCAGGGGUGUUUGUGUUGGACCUGUUGGACGGAGGCCUGGCAGCGAAGGAUGGCCGACUGCGGAGUAAUGACCGCGUUUUGGCAGUCAACGAGCAGGACCUACGCCACGGCACCCCAGAGCAGGCUGCACAGAUUAUACAGGCCAGUGGAGAGCGAGUCCACCUGCUUAUCGGCCGACCCAGCAAACCAACUCCACCCCCACCGCCAAAAUCAAGCUCCACCAGAGACCUCUACUGCCUUGAUCACUUCCUGCCUAACCACAGCUCCACCCCAAGUCCUGUGCCCACGCACCUGUCUCGCACCAGCACCCACAGAGACCUCUCCCAGUGUGUGACCUGUAAGGAGAAACACAUCACUGUGAAGAAGGAACCUCUGGAGUCUCUGGGCAUGACUGUCGCAGGGGGGAGGGGCAGUAAGAGCGGGGAGCUGCCGAUCUUUGUGACCAGCGUCCAACCACACGGCUGCUUGUCGAGGGAUGGACGGAUCAAACGAGGUGACGUCCUGCUCAGUAUCAACGGGCAGGACUUAACGUAUCUGAGUCACAGCGAGGCAGUGGGCACCUUGAAGGCCAGCGCUGCCUCGCCCUCAGUCCAGCUGCGGGUGCUGGAGGUCAGCAUGUUGGAAGAACGUGAACGAGACGAGCUGCUGUCUCACACUCAUGACAGUGACUUUGACGCCAACUGGUCCCCGUCGUGGGUCAUGUGGCUGGGCCUGCCCAGCUACCUGCACAGUAGUCAUGAGAUCGUCCUGCGGAGGAGUCAUCCUGGCAGCUGGGGCUUCAGCAUUGUUGGUGGUUAUGAGGAGACUCACGGCAACCAGGCGUUCUUUAUCAAGACCAUAGUCCUCGGCACGCCGGCGUACUACGACGGGCGCCUCAAGUGUGGCGAUAUGAUUGUGGCAGUCAAUGGCCUUUCGACAGCAGGAAUGAGCCACUCUGCGCUGGUGCCCAUGCUGAAGGAGCAGCGCAGCCGGGUGGCGCUUACUGUGGUCUCCUGGCCCGGCAGCCUGGUAUAGCUGGGCCAGAUCAUAAGCAGGCUGCGCACCACGCUAAUUCCACCCAGAAUGUUCUAUAUUGGGAACGACCUUGGCCAAAGUGAACUGGUACACGCUACUGUAUAUCGCUCCAUACCGGGCUUAAUCCAGGACCAAAAGCAUCCAGAACUGUAGUAGACCCAGCAGGACUAAGCCUGUCCUGACCAGGUGGGAACUGAUCCAGAUCGUGCCACGUCACUCGACAGACUGCACUCACACACACACUGCUGUGUUCAUAUGGUCAUGUUGUCUUCACUCCCACGGGGAGCAUGGUACUUCAACUGUUAACAGGCGAUCUGUGCUGUAUUCAUCUCACCAGGCAGUUGUAGAAUCCAGGGCUGUAUUCAGGUGGAUGCAUCGUUGCAGGUAGAGAUAGAAUUAAAGAAAAAUGAAAUAGGUAGCCUGUGAUCCUCUGUCAUCGAGGAUAAUGAUCUGUAAUCACGUUAAUCAAGAUGUUCUGCAACACCAGCGCUGUAUCCAGCUGAAUAAGCCUCAGGCCUUAUUAGAAAACCUGCCUCACCCUGGGGGGGGGCUCAACUACCCUUAGGCCUCAUCACCAUGGCAACCAGCUGCCCCAUCAGCUGGAGUUUUAUACAUGUGUGAAUGUGAGUUUGUUAAUAAACAUUUCCUUUAAAGGAUUUAUUGUUGCUCUUCCAUCGGUGUGAAUCGACCAUUAGAAGGCAGAUGUGUGGUUUACAAGAGCAGGAGGGUGUUAAUGGAAACGUACACUCAGUUACUCAGAGACAGCAAUAGGAAGUGUGUCAGUAUAGUGCUGUAUUAACGAGGCUUUAUUUUUAUAUUUGCAUAAAUAAAGUAAUCAACUGAAAUUUGUUGCAACAUUAACAAACACAUCCAAGUGGAUAUUUAUAAUAAUAAUGCAGCCUCAGGAUUUGUUAUCCCCUAAAGUUGUGUUCUUCAGCUUUGCAGCAAGCUUGUUGGCAUCUGCCUGAUUGGCUGCAGCUGCCGGUGUG